GCAGGGAGAGAGAGGGGGAGGAGUUCAGACUUGCUGUGCAAAUACAUACAGAUACACUAAUCUAAAUUGAUGCCUCGCAGAGGAAAAGUCACAGAUGAAGCAAGCAGCUAAUGAUGGCUCAGUCGAAGACUCUCUUAGUGCUGGAAAACUUUAUAGGUGGCAAAUUUAUUCCUUGUUCUUCCUACAUAGACUCCUAUAAUCCGUCCACCGGAGAUGUCUAUUGCAAGGUGCCAGACAGUGGCAAAGAAGAGGUGGAAGCUGCUGUCAAAGCUGCCAAAGAUGCCUUCCCAAUUUGGUCCUCAAAAAGUCCAUGGGAAAGAUCUCAGAUCCUGAACAAAUUGGCAGACCUGAUUGAACAUGACCUGGAAGCGUUUGCACAAGCAGAGUCAAAGGAUCAGGGAAAAACUAUUACAUUUGCCAGAACAGUGGACAUCCCUCGAACUGUGUACAACUUCCGAUUCUUUGCCUCUUCCAUCCUUCACCACGUCACAGAGUGCACUGAGAUGGCAACCAUGGGCUGUGUGCAUUACACCUCGAGGUCACCUGUUGGAGUUGCUGGUUUAAUCAGUCCUUGGAAUUUGCCACUGUAUUUGUUGACGUGGAAAAUAGCUCCUGCCAUUGCAUGUGGAAAUACUGUGGUUGCCAAGCCAAGUGAGAUGACAUCUGUCACAGCUUGGAUGAUGUGCAAGCUCUUGGAGAAAGCAGGGGUUCCUCAUGGGGUGGUGAAUGUAGUGUUCGGAACAGGCGCCAAGGCAGGAGAAGCCCUCGUCUGCCACCCCGACGUGCCUCUGGUCUCCUUCACGGGAAGCACGCUGACAGCCCAGCGGAUCACGGAGAAAAGUGCUCCACACUGCAAGCGGCUUUCGCUGGAACUGGGAGGCAAAAACCCCGCCAUCAUCUUCGAUGAUGCCGACUUGAGCCAAUGCAUCCCUACUACCCUGAGGUCCAGCUUUGCCAACCAGGGUGAGAUCUGUCUCUGCACCUCCAGGAUCUUUGUUCAGAGGGGCAUAUACAGUGAGUUUUUGAAGAGGUUUGUAGCAGAGGCCAAGAAGUGGAAGACCGGGAAUCCCUCAGAUCCUACAGUCGAUGUGGGAGCACUUAUAAGUAAAGAACAUCUAGAAAAGGUAAGGAACUAUGUGAAGAAAGCCCAGGCUGAAGGAGCCAGAGUCCUCUGUGGAGAGGGAGUGGAUGCUUUGGAUCUCCCACCUGGCAACCAGAAAGGCUAUUUCAUGUUGCCCACAGUUAUUGCUGAAGUUAAGGAUGAAUCUUGUUGCAUGCAAGAAGAGAUCUUUGGUCCUGUGACAUGUGUGGUAGCAUUUGAUACAGAAGAAGAAGUGAUCAAAAGAGCCAAUGGUGUGAAAUAUGGCUUGGCAGCCACUGUGUGGUCCAGCAACGUGGGACGCGUUCACCGGGUGGCACACAGGCUACAGUCUGGAUUAGUGUGGACCAACUGCUGGCUUGUGAGAGAUCUGAACAUGCCAUUUGGUGGGAUGAAAGCCUCAGGCAUAGGAAGGGAGGGAGCAAAGGAUUCCUACGAGUUCUUCACUGAGGUCAAAACCAUCACAAUAAAGCACUGACAUAUGUAAAAGGAAGUAUUUUAGAGUAAAAUAAAUGACAGUAAUUUGAGUUACAAGAAAAAAAUUACAGUAAUUUGAGUUACCAAAUAUGGCUCUCUAGAACACAGGCUGCUAUUGUGGCCAUCUUUUUCUUGAACUGUGGUCAGGUAAUAUCAAUGACAUCUGAAAACAGUCAUCCCAAAUGCUAAUGUUGAAGGCAGCUUUUCAUGUUGAAUGAGAAGAUCAGUGUGGACUCCACAAUCAACCCAUUCCAAGCCAGAUGACUUGCCUAUUUUAUGGAUCCUAAAGCUUUUUGAGUAUUCGGGUCUCAAAAAUCUGUCUCUCUAAGGCAGAUUGGAGAAAGAGUGAUAUAUGACUGUACCUCUGGUUGAUGAAUUACCUUGAGGGACAAAGUGGCAAGCACAUGGUAAGGCUGAUAUUGUAAUGGCAAUCAGUCUAUUUCACUCUAUGGUCCACAUAUCAAUCCAUAUUGCACUUCACUGAUAUCAGAUAAGGACUAAUGCUGUACCACACUGAAAGCCUGAGGAACUACCUUUAAUCUACUAAGUGGUUUUAAACCAUGGUAUCAUGAAAUUCUCAUUAUAUUCAUGGAGACAAUAAAAGUUUUAGUUAUAACCUGCUUUAUAGUUUGCAGCUGAAUCAUCUAUUCUCUAUCAUCAGCUGUUCUCUAACUAUUUUGAAAUUAAAGCCUCUUUUCACUUCUA